CUGUUAUUCCUUCCAGACCUUCAGGGAGAUUUCUCCUACAUGUGUUUUGCAUCUCAGCUUCAUCCAGUGUGGAGCUGAGAAGCAUCAUCAGACCAAGACGUUGGCUCACUUUGGAAGUGCACAAUCCAUGGACAGAAUGCGCCUCUUCCUUCUGGCUGUCUUGUUUUUAUUUUCUUUUGCCCGUGCUGGGUGUGAUCCCAAAAUUGUGAAUAUUGGUGCAGUACUGACCAACAAGAAAAAUGAACAGACAUUUAGAGACGCGGUGAACCAAGCAAAUAAAAGACAUGGGAAUGGGAAAAUUCAGCUAAAUGCCACUUCAGUGACCCACAAAUCAAAUGCUAUACAGAUGGCUCUCUCAGUAUGUGAGGAUCUCAUCUCCAGCCAGGUCUACGCUAUAUUAGUCAGUCACCCUCCUUCCACUACCGAUCACCUGACACCAACGCCUGUCUCGUAUACAGCUGGCUUCUACAGGAUACCUGUCAUUGGCUUAACGACUCGCAUGUCUAUAUAUUCUGAUAAGAGCAUCCAUCUGUCAUUCUUGCGCACUGUCCCACCAUAUUCCCAUCAAGCUCUUGUCUGGUUUGAAAUGAUGCGCAUCUUCAACUGGAAUCAUGUCAUUCUCAUAGUCAGUGAUGACCAUGAAGGCAGAGCUGCCCAGAAAAAGUUGGAGACACUUCUGGAGGAAAAGGAAUCAAAGAGUAAAAAAAGGAACUAUGAAAACCUCGACCAACUUUCCUAUGACAACAAGCGUGGACCCAAGGCAGAAAAAGUUCUUCAGUUUGAUCCCGGGACCAAAAAUGUGACUGCGCUACUGAUGGAAGCAAAAGAAUUAGAAGCCAGAGUUAUCAUACUUUCUGCCAGUGAGGAAGAUGCAACUGCAGUGUACAAAUCAGCUGCCAUUUUGAACAUGACAGGACCAGGAUAUGUGUGGUUGGUGGGAGAGAGGGAAAUUUCGGGAACUGCUUUACGUUACGCACCUGAUGGAAUUAUAGGUCUACAACUGAUCAAUGGGAAAAAUGAAUCUGCUCAUAUUAGUGAUGCUGUUGCUGUCGUUGGACAAGCGAUCCAUGAAUUGUUUGAAAAGGACAAUAUCACUGACCCACCAAGAGGUUGUGUUGGAAACACCAACAUCUGGAAAACGGGACCUCUUUUUAAAAGGGUGCUCAUGUCUUCCAAGUACCCCGAAGGAGUAACAGGACGUGUUGAAUUUAAUGAGGACGGAGAUAGAAAGUUUGCCAAUUACAGCAUCAUGAAUCUACAGAACCGUAAACUGGUUCAGGUCGGGAUCUUCAAUGGGAGUCAUAUUUUACAAAAUGACCGGAAGAUCAUCUGGCCAGGUGGCGAAACUGAAAAACCGCAGGGAUAUCAGAUGUCAACCAGAUUAAAGAUAGUUACUAUUCACCAGGAGCCAUUCGUGUAUGUAAGGCCAGCACUUCCAGAAGGUAUUUGUAAAGAAGAAGUUACGAUCAACGGAGAUCCUAUAAAGAAGGUUAUUUGUAAUGGACCCAAUGAAACCAUACCAGGGCGCCCAACUGUUCCGCAGUGCUGCUAUGGUUUCUGCAUUGAUUUAUUGAUUAAACUUGCCAGGGAAAUGCAUUUUACUUACGAGGUUCAUUUAGUGGCUGAUGGUAAAUUUGGUACUCAGGAACGGGUCAAUAACAGCAACAAGAAGGAGUGGAAUGGAAUGAUGGGAGAAUUGCUGAGUGGUCAGGCAGAUAUGAUUGUUGCUCCUCUCACUAUCAACAAUGAACGAGCACAAUAUAUAGAGUUCUCCAAGCCAUUUAAAUACCAGGGACUCACAAUCCUAGUAAAAAAGGAAAUUCCGAGGAGCACACUGGAUUCAUUUAUGCAGCCAUUUCAAAGCACACUGUGGCUUCUUGUAGGGCUGUCCGUGCAUGUGGUUGCUGUCAUGUUAUAUCUGUUGGAUCGCUUCAGUCCAUUUGGUCGUUUUAAAGUUAAUAGCGAGGAAGAAGAGGAGGAUGCCCUGACAUUGUCUUCAGCUAUGUGGUUCUCAUGGGGCGUGCUGUUGAACUCGGGUAUUGGAGAAGGGGCACCAAGAAGUUUUUCAGCUCGAAUCCUUGGUAUGGUGUGGGCUGGAUUUGCUAUGAUCAUUGUAGCUUCCUACACUGCUAACCUAGCUGCCUUCCUGGUGCUGGACAGGCCGGAGGAAAGAAUAACUGGAAUCAAUGACCCACGGCUUCGGAAUCCAAGUGACAAAUUUAUUUAUGCUACAGUGAAGCAAAGCUCUGUCGAUAUUUACUUUAGACGGCAGGUUGAACUCAGUACAAUGUAUCGUCACAUGGAAAAGCACAACUAUGAGAGUGCUGCAGAAGCUAUACAGGCUGUGCGAGAUAAUAAGCUACACGCCUUUAUUUGGGACUCGGCUGUGUUGGAGUUCGAAGCUUCUCAGAAGUGUGACCUUGUUACGACGGGUGAGCUCUUCUUCCGUUCAGGUUUUGGCAUCGGAAUGAGAAAGGACAGCCCUUGGAAACAGAAUGUGUCCCUAAACAUUCUCAGAUCUCAUGAGAAUGGUUUCAUGGAAGAACUAGAUAAGACUUGGGUCAGGUAUCAGGAGUGUGAUUCUCGCAGCAAUGCCCCAGCUACACUCACCUUUGAAAACAUGGCAGGUGUCUUUAUGUUGGUUGCUGGAGGUAUUGUUGCGGGAAUAUUUUUGAUAUUUAUUGAGAUAGCUUACAAAAGGCAUAAGGAUGCCCGGAGGAAGCAGAUGCAACUUGCUUUCGCCGCCGUAAAUGUGUGGAGAAAAAAUCUGCAGGAUAGAAAAAGUGGUAGAGCAGAACCUGACCCUAAAAAGAAAGCCUCUUUUAGGUCCAUCACCUCCACCCUGGCCUCAAGCUUCAAGAGACGUAGGUCCUCCAAAGAUACGCAAUAUCAUCCAACUGAUAUCACGGGACAACUUAACCUUUCCGACCCCUCUGUUAGUACUGUGGUCUGAUAUAAAGGAGAAUUUACCUAAUUUGACUCUGGCAGGAAUGGAUAUUUAAGAGCUACUAUAUCCUCAUUUAAUAACUGGUAAGAAAGCAUACAGCACGUGCUAUACGACUGCAUGGCUCUUACAUUUAUAUUACCCCAAAACAGCUGCGGACUGUUGACACAAACUGGGAAAAGUACACCUGGACAAUACAAGGGAUGGGGAUAAAAAAACGUUAUUGCACUCUCGAUAACGAGUGUCCCCAAUACUGCUACAUUUUGUUAUAUGCACUGUCAAACAUCCAUUUUGAAGAAAAGAACGUUAUUUUGAGGACC